AUGACGGUCAAUUCUGCAGACGGCCCAGGUAUUGUAUUUGCCGUCCGUUCUAGGGAGUCUGCCAAUGUUUUCUGGUCCCCGUCUUCCCCCUUGUUCCCUCCCUCUCUCUUCACCUCUCUUUCUAGUCCUCUUCUUCCCCCUUGUUCCCUCCCUCCCUCUCUCUUCACCUCUCUUUCUAGUCCUCUUCUUCCCCCUUGUUCCCUCCCUCCCUCUCUCUUCACCUCUCUUUCUAGUCCCCGUCUUCCCCCUUGUUCCCUCCCUCCCUCUCUCUUCACCUCUCUUUCUAGUCCCCAUCUUCCCCCUUGUUCCCUCCCUCCCUCUCUCUUCACCUCUCUUUCUAGUCCCCGUCUUCCCCCUUGUUCCCUCCCUCCCUCUCUCUUCACCUCUCUUUCUAGUCCUCUUCUUCCCCCUUGUUCCCUCCCUCCCUCUCUCUUCACCUCUCUUUCUAGUCCUCUUCUUCCCCCUUGUUCCCUCCCUCCCUCUCUCUUCACCUCUCUUUCUAGUCCUCUUCUUCCCCCUUGUUCCCUCCCUCCCUCUCUCUUCACCUCUCUUUCUAGUCCCCGUCUUCCCCCUUGUUCCCUCCCUCCCUCUCUCUUCACCUCUCUUUCUAGUCCUCUUCUUCCCCCUUGUUCCCUUCCUCCCUCUCUCUUCACCUCUCUUUCUAGUCCCCAUCUUCCCCCUUGUUCCCUCCCUCCCUCUCUCUUCACCUCUCUUUCUAGUCCUCUUCUUCCCCCUUGUUCCCUUCCUCCCUCUCUCUUCACCUCUCUUUCUAGUCCUCUUCUUCCCCCUUGUUCCCUUCCUCCCUCUCUCUUCACCUCUCUUUCUAGUCCCCAUCUUCCCCCUUGUUCCCUCCCUCCCUCUCUCUUCACCUCUCUUUCUAGUCCCCGUCUUCCCCCUUGUUCCCUCUCUCUCUCUCUGUCUUUAUCUCUCCUCUAUUGUUGGCCAAUAAAGAAAGGAUUAGUGCCAGUCUCCUUUCGUGAGUUAGAAGAAAGGGAACAUAAGUCGACGAGACACAUUAAGGAAAAUCAUAAUUAUUUUAAAAUGCCCUUAAAGGGAUAAAAAUGUUACAAUGUCUUAUAGAGAAACAAAACGAGUGAAAGGAAAGUAAUGAAUAAAGAAAAAUACAUGAUGGAUAUUUUUCUGAAUGCCAUGCACACACACACACACACACACACACACACACACACACACGCACACACGCACGCACACAUGCACGCACAACCUCACACACACACGCACGCACACACGUACACGCACACACGCACACACGCACACACACACACAUACAUACAUACAUACAUACAUACAUACAUACAUACAUACAUACAUACAUAUCUCUCAAUUCUUUAUUUGUAUAAAAAUGUAAACAGUAAGAUAACUUAAAUUAAUCUUUUAAGAAAUUGAGAAAAAAACAGUUUACUAUUGAAAGCGUUAUGAAGCUACUAUACUAACACAUUAUUAGCCUCGAGGUACAAAAACAAACUAGUGUCCAGUGAUCAAAACAGAAAAUAUGAAGAAAAAAUUUGUCUUUAUGAAAUACCUGAGGUCUUAUUGAUUUUUUUAUUAAUUCUUGUUAUUAUUUGGACUAUUAUGAUUGUUAUUAUUAUUACUGUUAUGAUUGUUAUUAUUAUUACUGUUAUGAUUAUUGUAAAUGUUAUAACUGUACACCUCCCAUGUUUGUUGUUUUUGGUUCUUCUAUAGAAACUGCUGUCUUUCCACUUCUCUCUGACUCUAUCUCUCGAGUUCUUUCUAUCUUUGUCUCCUGUGUCUAUUUGUCCCUUCUUCUCGUCUUUCACUACUGUUUAUUUUAUAGUCAUGUUGAUAUAGCUAACUUUUUCUUUAUAGGGGAAAAGAUACAAAGCACGACAAAAUAAAAAAAUACUUCAGAAAUAACACAG